CGCGGGGGCGCUCCCGCCCUUUCGGCUUGAGCGGCAGCAGCGUUUCCUCCCGGCGGCUCCGGCGCGGCGCGAACAUGGCGGACCAGGCCAUCUCCUUCCUCAAGGACUUUCUGGCGGGCGGCGUCGCCGCCGCCAUCAGCAAGACUGCGGUGGCGCCCAUCGAGCGGGUCAAGCUCUUGCUCCAGGUGCAACAUGCGAGUAAACAGAUUGCUGCUGAUAAGCAGUACAAGGGCAUCAUCGAUUGUGUAGUGCGUAUUCCAAAGGAACAAGGAGUGCUGUCUUUCUGGAGAGGAAACUUGGCAAAUGUCAUCAGAUACUUCCCAACUCAAGCUCUUAAUUUUGCCUUCAAGGAUAAGUAUAAGCAGGUGUUUUUGGGAGGUGUAGACAAGCACACUCAGUUCUGGAGGUAUUUUGCUGGUAACCUGGCAUCUGGUGGUGCAGCUGGAGCCACUUCCCUCUGCUUUGUCUACCCCUUGGAUUUUGCAAGAACCCGUUUGGCUGCCGAUGUUGGAAAAGCUGGCGCAGACAGAGAAUUCUCUGGUCUCGGGGACUGUCUAGUGAAAAUCACCAAGUCUGAUGGUGUGCGUGGCUUGUACCAGGGGUUCAAUGUCUCUGUCCAAGGCAUCAUCAUCUAUAGAGCUGCCUACUUUGGGAUCUAUGAUACAGCAAAAGGCAUGCUCCCAGAUCCCAGGAACACUCACAUUGUUAUCAGCUGGAUGAUCGCCCAGACAGUGACUGCUGUGGCUGGCGUGGUCUCCUAUCCUUUCGACACAGUGCGGCGUAGGAUGAUGAUGCAGUCAGGACGCAAAGGAGCUGAUAUCAUGUACUCUGGAACAAUUGACUGCUGGCGGAAGAUUGCAAGGGAUGAAGGAGGAAAGGCCUUCUUCAAGGGUGCAUGGUCCAAUGUUCUCAGAGGCAUGGGGGGUGCUUUCGUGCUUGUGCUGUACGAUGAAUUCAAGAAAGUAAUUUAAACAGCCUAAAUAGAAUUGGGAAUCAAGUUGAGCAGAUCAUGUAGAAUAACUACCAUUAUGGACCAUUGACCUUCAAGAAAUUCCUGUGAGUCUUAUUUAUCGGAGCCAGAUGAUACUUCUAGAUGGGGCUAGAAACUGACGUAGAGGACUGAUCCACUUCUCUGUAACACGCACGAAUGAAAACACUGAAUCUGGCAAUUCAGUGUGACAGUUUUUCUUUACAGCAGUAAGGAAUGAGUGGUGUUGGUUCUGGGUCCAAAGUUGUUAGGUCCAAUUUAGGCAGAAAAAAAUCAUUUGCCUGUGGAUCAGUCUUCAGUUUCAAGUCCUAUCUUAUAGGACCAUAAAAUUGUAUUUGAAAGCAUUUGCUAACAAAUCAUGUUUUUUUCCACUUGUACUGAAGCACUAUGUACCAUUUUGCACAGCUGAACAUCUAGCAACUUUGUUCUUAAAUUGGGGCAUUCUGCUGUAAAACAAUAAACAUACUUACUCAG